GUCGGAAGUACGUCACGCUGCUGAAGCUAAAGAUGCUUCCAGCGUUUGACUUUAACAUUAAGUUGUACUCUGUGGCAAACUUUGGCCACACCUAGAUCCUGUCCUAUUUCCACAAAAAAAGAAAAAAAAAAAAAAAGAAAAAAAAAAAAGAAAAAGGCAGAAAAAAAAAGAAGCUGGCUUUUUUAUUUUUUCUCUCUGGUGCGUUUGUUUGUGUGUCGGCGAGUCCCGGCGGUGUAACCGGAGAGGGGCCUCAGAGAGGGAAUGCAGGACUGCAAUGGAGCACAAUGCAAUACAGUGGUUGGGUGCUCCCUCCUGCCAGCGAGGCAGCUAUGCCUUCUAUAAGUCGGUGAGCAGCAAAGCUCAACCCGACGGGCCCGUCCAGGUGUGGAAGCUCGGGGAGUUCUACUUCAUCCGCUGUGGACCGCAGGAUCCGGUGUGCAUCGCAGAGGUGACCUUGCUAUGGGAGGACCAGACGCAUCGCCACCUGCUGGCCAGCACCAGACUCUACUUCCUGCCUGAGGACACGCCGAAGGGCCGGACCAGAGAGCACGGAGAGGAUGAGGUUCUGGCGGUGUCCAGGAAGAUGGUGGUGCGGGUGGAGGACCUGGUUCAGUGGUCGUGUGGGCAGCCGGCUGGUUGGAGCAGCUGCCUGAAGGUGGCGCCCUGCGGGACCAACGGCCUCCACAAACCUCCACAGAACAGCGACGGUAUCGGCAUCAAGAGCAGCGAGCCGCUCAAAGACAAACCUGACAACGACCUGGUUGAGUGUCAGAGCAUCAAAGUGCUCAGCUACCCGCAGUACUGCCGCUUUCGCUCCUUGCAGAGACGCAUCCAGGAUGGAGCGAGGGGGCCGGGGCUGCAGGACCCCCACCUGCUGGCCCUGGGCGCCAUCAAGGCGCUGCCCUCCACCCGACUGAUGUACUGCAGGGACACCUUCAGCCACCCGACGCUGGAGGGCAGCGCCAGCUUCUCCUGGCAGUUCAGAUGUCCGUCUCUCAGUCUUCGAGGGCGUCCUCGCAAGAGGAGAGGCCGAGACGGCAAAGACUCCCCGAACUCCAGCCAAUCAGAGUCCUGGAUUGAGAAGAUGAAGGAGAAUGUGAUGGGCAGCGUGGAGGUCGGCUGUGAGGGCAGCUGGCUCCCUCACCCUGAAGAGCAGCUGUUCCUGGAUCAGCUCUUCGCCUUCAUGGAGCGUCAGGGCUCGCCAAUCCACAAAGUCCCAAACCUCGGCUUCAAGAAGAUUGACCUCUUCCUCAUGUACUCUGUGGUGAAACGACUCGGAGGAUAUAAAAAGGUGACAUUGAACCGUCUCUGGAAAGUGGUUUAUAACGAGCUGGGAGGAUGCCCCGGCAGCACCAGCGCUGCCACCUGCACCCGGAGACACUACGAGAGGCUGAUGCUACCUUAUGAAGAGCACCUCAGAGCGGGAGGAGGAGGAGGAGGAGGAGGAGGAGUAGGAGGAGGAGGAGCCGAAUUCAAAAUCCCAGAAACCCCAACCCUGCCUCCCAAACCCAGAGGGAUCAGAGGAAGGAAGCCGCUGCCAAGAGGCAGAAGACCAGGACCCAAAGCCAAGGAGAAGAAGAUGGCAACCAGUGCUGCCGCCUCUCGAACUGUCGUGAACCCGAACAGCACCGUGGUGGUGAAGAGAGGACGGGGCCGGCCGCCGGGAACCCGCAACAAGGCCACGCUGAUCGCUCAGGCGAAGCUGCUGGCUCAGCAGCAGGCCAAAGCCAAAGCAGCAGCAGCAUCGGAGCCUCAGCAGACGCUGCAGAGUCCGCUGCUUCCAGCCAGAGCUGCAGGAGCACCGACACCCAGCAGCACACACAGGCCCGUCCAGCCGGCCAUCGUCCCCGUCAACAUGCCCCUCACCCCCGAGCUCUCCCCCAUGUCCGCCCCCUUCCUCCCCUUCCAGCCCAAACCGAAGGAGCCGAAGCCGGACAGAGGGGAGUCGGUGGCUCCUGCUCCUGGUGUGCUCAUCUCCACUCUGCCUCGACACUUCGUUGGAGGCUCCCUGGGCGGCUUCAGCCCCAUCAAAGGUGUGUGUCCUCUGGAUGUCUUCAGGAACCGCAUCAGCCUCCAGAGAGGCCUGGAGAGCCCGGCGCUGACGCCUCAAGACCCGACCCAGCACCACCCGACCAUCUACACCCUCCAGCCCAAGAGUGGAAGUCCGGAUACGCCUCAUCCCAGCGGGGACCAGCUUCAGCCUCAGCCCCACCCGCUCCACCCGCAGCACAACCGCUGCUCGGGGUGCAACGUGGACGAGGGAGCCCAGAGAGGAGGCAGUCGGGACGCCAGGACCACCCGGCCUCCUCUGCCCCCUCUGCGGGUCCUGCCUCUGAACCUGGACUGCAGCGUUCAGGUGUGCCAGCUGAUGAGGACUCGUCUGGGCUCGACUCAGUUCCAGACCUUCACCCGCCGACUGUCUGAGGCUUUGUCCCAGGACCUGAGCACCAAGCCCCCCUGCUCCCCCAUGACUCCUCCCCCCGAGCAGGCGCUGCCGCUCAACCUCAGCAAACGCUUCACGGUGAAGAGACCCAGCACGGAGGGAGCAGAGCCGAGUCCGACAACGAUCAACGGAACCACAGAUCCAUCGCCAUCCAAGAGACCCAGAGAGCAGGCCGAGGACUUCAGCCAGAGUGACUGGUCCAGUUCUGCAGGAAGUGGAGGAGGAGCAGCAGGAGGACAGCAGGAAGUGGAGAUGAAGAACCAGGAGGAACCCGCAGACCUGAGCUCCCCGAGCAGGAUCAGGGCCUUCCUGCUCGGGCUGCCACCCUUCCAGGUGAAAUUUGAGGAGGAUCUGAACGGGACGAGAUUUGAGAAAUUUCUUCCUCCGGGAUCUAAAGCCGAACCCCCGAGGGUGGAGACAGAGAAAGCCGAGGGAGGAGUAAAGACAGAGGAGGAGGUGAUGGAAAUAUGUGAAACUGAGAGGAAGUGUGAGCAGGAGGAGAAAGAUCCCAGCCUCCUCUCUGCUCCUGGACCGGCAGAGCUGAAGCGAGCCGGGCCCUCAAACGCUGACACACACUGUUUUUAGCAUCAUUCCCUCUGUUUAAUAGCAUUUUGUGAUGAGGAAACUGUCGCAUGAGUCGGGGAUUUAUCGGUUUUGGAAUCUAAAAAAGUUCUAUCCACCAUCAGGGGUUUGGUGUUGGUGUUGGACACCAGAACAGGGACGUUGGUUUUCAUCAUCUUUGAGAAACAUUUGAACUUCUCUUUGUUUCCCAUUUUGUUGUCAUUUCCUGUUUUUUUUUGUUUUGUUUUCCUUCUGGUUUUCGAUCACGUCGUUGAUUGAACUUUGCAGAGGAAUGACGACGGCGAGACUCAUGACAAUCACGAAUCAGUUUCUCCUCUUUUCUCUGUUGAUUUCUGUCUCUUUACGGUAAAAAAAGAAACAGGAGUGAGACUCUUUAACAAACACUGCCAUAACCCUCCAUAACACUAUUAACUCCACUAUUCAAUGUUACAGUGAAAUAUUGAAUAAGAUCCAUAUUACUUAAGAUUAAAAAAGAACAUACAUCUAUGGGUGAUGCUAUGCAUCAAGACGUCAUUAAAUAGCAUCUAAAGUGUACUGUAGUUUGUUAGUUUCAUUUUUAAAUUGUACUCUACUUCUGUAGAGAGAUAGUUAUUUUCUGAUAAAGUGUCUCGAUGUUCUCUGGAGUGAAAAGCUCCUCAGUCUUCACAUUAUAGCUCGUUAAGUGAAGCGUUUCUAUAGUCCUGCUCGUUAGCUGAAAUUAUAUACACUUUUCUUACACGUAUGUGCCUUAAACGGCCCGCGAUCUGUUUCAUCGCCGGCUUCAAACACAUUCAGUUAAAGAGAUACCUUGAUGUUGGACCUGCUGUUGAUACGAUGCCUGAAUCCUGUCACUUUGAGGAAUAUAAACGUGUUUCCAACAAAACUAAAAGACGCCAAAGUUCUUAAAUUUGUCUCUAAAAAUGUCUUAAACGGACAGCACAUCUUAAAAUCACAACAUAGAUACUGUUCCUCUGACCUGUUGUGCUGUUUAUCCACCUGCAUUGUUCUGCUGUGAGGUGAGGAGCUUUGGAGAUGUUGAUGAGCUGGACUGUUAGACCUGGUGAUGUAGAUUUCAGAGUUGUGAACCUGAAUGCAACAUGAAUAAAUCUGAUUUUUAUUCGAAAUUCAAAUUGCAUUCAGUCGACCUUCAUCGCGGCCAGUUAAUCGAGCCGCUCUCCAAACCUGCAACUCACACAGAGACGAUGUUGAUGGAUUAAUAUCAAUACAAGUACGAGGAAAAUGUGUAUUUCUGAUUUUAGGGUGAACUUUCCCUUUUCAGUAGUAGCAUCUUAAACUGGUCUUGUGCAGUUUUAAUCCUGAAAUCUUUGAUCAGAGAUGAAACUAAAGAACAUUUCUCUGACUCUGAACCCGCCUUCAUCACCGUCUGCUGUUCAGCUUGUUUAACCAGCAAGAAAUCACAUCAGCACCAGAGGAAACGUAGAGAUCAUACAUGAACAUGUAGCCCAAAACAUUCAGACUACCUCAGGUUUUCUUUCUUUUCUUCUUUUUAUUCAAUCCACCUGCUUUUUCUGUUUCAGGGCGGUGGUGCCUUUUCCCAGCAUGCAUUUCCCCAGACAGCAGACUCACUUAGACCCCAAUUAUUCUGGUGGAGUUCUAUAUUUUUCCCUCCGUGUUAGGAAGUAAGGAAAGUGUCGAGAGCUCGACAAGAACUGUGUUGGCUUCGCUCUCUCGGUAAGAAAAAUGUAGAAAAACACCAGAAUCUUUCUUUAAGCUUCAGUCUGUAUCUGGUUGCGUCUCAACUCGUUAUCUCCACUCAGACCUCAUCGUGAUUGGAUCUCAAAUUAGGUGAAAAGUAGGUCGGCAGACGGCGGACUGGUCUCAGGUGAAGGGAAGUUAUGCUGCCGUGUUAUAUGAUAUUUUAUUUUUCCAUUUUCAGAAGAAAGGGCUUUUCUGUAGCUUGAGACUGUUUCAACUUCUUACAUUAAGAGUUUUGACGUGUUGGGAAAGAGAACAGUUAUACCAAUCUCAUGUUCGUAUGGUCGUUAUGGAGCUGUAGCUCGCAGCCAGUUAGCUUAGCUUAGCAUAAAGACACAGGGAAACAGCUAGCCCAGUCUGUGCAAAGCUGAAAAAGUAACACAUUUGUCAUAUAUUUGUUGAGUUGUGUGUUUAUGCCAACAACCCCGACAGAAACCAUAUCGUUGCUCUUACACUUCUGUUUUUGCACAUGUUCAACCAGUGAGCUUCAGAGGCUAGGCUAGCUGUUUCCAUCUGUUUCCAGUCUUUAUGCUAAGCUAGGCUUGUCGCCUCCUGGUGGUGGCUUCUUAUUUAGCGUCCAGACGUGAGAGAGGUAUGAACCUUCCUAACUAAGACACGGUGAGAAAGCGAGUAAGCGUAGGAUCCCUACGAUAGUCGUCCAUAUGAUACUGUUAUUAACAGCUGCUGAGAUCCGAUGACGUUCUGACUGUUUGGCUGCAUCACAUGAGUUUUAAUUCAGACAUCCAGACACAGAUUCACCAAAGAACAUGUUGAUUAAUCAGUUAGUUAGUUAGGAAAUUAAUCACCAACUACUUUGGUAAUCAAUUCAAUUUCCAGUCUCUUAAAAAUGAGGAUGUAUGACUGUAAAUGAAGAGUUUUGGGACUGUUGGCCGGAUACAAAAACUUUGUGUUUUUCACAAUUUUUGGCAUUUUUAAAGACUAAAUGAUUUAUCGCGACACACGAAUAAAAAAGAAAUCCACUGCUCCAACUGCUUCUUCCUCCUCUUCUUCUCAUCUUAAGUGCCAACACAAAACAGCGACUCUAUAUUGUGACAAAAAAUCUUGUGUAGCUGGAAGAAAAAAAACAAAUUAAAAUGUCAAGGUAUCCCUUUAAUCGCAGCCUUUUCCUUCGACUCGUCUGUGUGUUUCGUUCAGAUUUGCACACCUACUGUACCCAUCUGCUUCGUUUGUUCGCCCGUAUUUAUAUUUGCCAACUUUUAUUUGUUUGUUAUUUUAAAGUAGUGGAAUCAACUACGACACCGAAAUUAAGUGGUGCUGUUUUAUUCUUUAGUUACGUAGCUAUCGCCAUAAUGUUUCUAUGUUUGUAUUUUCUUUUUUUUUUUUUUUAUUGAUGAAGCUGCAAAUUGUUUUUCAUCAGAGCGAAGUCGUCACAGCUCGACUCCGGAUCUGUGUCUUUGGAUUAAAUUUGUCGAGUGAGUUUUAGGGGAAAAAAAAAUGUUUUUUAAGAACUAAAUUGAAAGAUGUUCUGACUUGUUCUGAAAAUAUUUGCAGUUUCUCUUCAGAUUUAUGUGGUGAGACAGAUAUGAUGUGUUUGUGAAUGAAUGCAUGAGUCGAGAUGUGUAUACUCAGUCGAUCACAGCUGGGCAGAAGCACCAAAGCACAUGUUGUAUCCACCAGAAACCACCAGACUCCAUAACCUUUCUAAAGCAUUUAUCCUCAUAUUGAAGACAGUUAUUACUAAUAUUUCAGGACUUUAUGAGUCAUUGAUCCUGUGUGCUUUAAGAAAUGUCUUGUUUUUCUUCACUUGUGGGGAAAACUGAGCAGUAACGAGGAGGAGAUUGUAAACGUACUUCUUCCUUUUCAUGAUUAUUUCUUGAAGUCAUAUUUUCAUCAGUGCAGUAAGGUUUGACAUGUCUGACAACAGGUCUGGUAAAUCUAUAUUCUGUGUCUUACUCGGCUUCAUCGUGCCCGUGAACCCUUUUAUUUAUUUUUGCUGAGGUGUUUUUUCAUGCUGCCCUGCGUCAGACUCGAGCAGCCGGCAGGCCUCAGAAGAAAGAGUCCGACUGAAGACAAAAGUGUUGACGGGAUUGUUUGUUUUCACGUGUUUUUGUACAUCUUGUAUUUGUCAUGUUAUUAACGUUGGGACGUGGUCAGACUGCUCGCAGACAUUUAAUGGCGUCGCCCUCGAUUGUGCCAAAGAAAAGUGACAGAAGUAGACGUAAGAAAUAAAAAAGGAAAAGUCAGAAUAAUCAAAGCAGAAAAUUGGGUUCCUCUAAGAAUGGCUGUAUUAUAAGAACUGGAUGCCAGACUCAAAAAAAGAGUGUAUAAUAGAACUGGACCCAAAGAUGGUGGCCAGUCGGUGAGAACGCCUCACAUUUUUGUAGCUUCCUGGUUUACUUCCUGGUUUACUUCCUUGCUCACUUCCUGGUUCCGUGGCCCGCUGGCUGUCACAGCAGCGGUUAUCUUGCUGAGUUCCUGCUCCGCCUGUAGACUUUACUUUUACGUUUUGAAAUCACUUUUCUUGGCUGGAGGAACAGGUGACCUGGUUUGUAGCUGGAGGUCCGGAAACAGUUUUCAUGCUUACAGGUGUACUGCUGCCUCACCUGGAUGAUUGGGAUGAAGUUUUCUGAGGCUGCGAGAAUGUUUUACAAAUCUAGAAUAUGAGGACAACUUGUUGGCAGGUGUACAGACGUCUCUCUCUCCUUUAAGAUUGCGGACGGAUGCAGGAUGUGUGAAAGAGAAUCUGAGAUCUCUCCUGUGACGGCUGUUCACAGGUGAAUGUACCCAAGAAAAUUUUGACUUCCUGGACCUAAAAUGACCCGGAUCUUCCUCGUUGUGGCCCGUAGAACGUGCGCUCCUUAGGUCACCUCAGACCGGUUUCAUCACGCAGCUCUUCUAGACGUUGGGAAUGUAAUCGGACCGAAUGAUUUAAAUUCUUAUCGGGGUUGUAAACACUUGAAAUGUCUCGUUUUGUGUCUUGAUGGUGCCAAGUGUCUUGACUGAUCCACCACACAGCCUGGUUUUAUUUCUUCAAGCUCGUUUUCUUUUUUAUUUUCUGACUUUUGUCACUUUGUGGUCUGAGCAGCGUCACCGUGAGCGUCGGCAGGUUUUUUCACUCUGUAGAAACACUUUUGUCUUCAGACGACAGACUCCUCUGGACCGGUUUGAGUUUCACUUUCAGUUCUUAUCAUUUUGUUUUCACGUUAAAGUCGAGACGCCGCUGAGGGCCGAACGUGUCAUCGGAGGGGGGCGGGGCCAUGUUUUAGUUUAGAGUUGAGCGACAUGUUUUUAAACCAGUAUGAGAGUUGAAUAGGUUGUUUUUCUUCUUCUUUGGUUAUUUAAGCUUUAGUUUUUUAGAUAUAAUUUCCUUUUUUUUUUAUUUUUUUCCUUUUUGAUAAAGUUUUGAAAUGUUUACAUCUUGUUAUGCAUGUUCAAACAGAUUUGUUAUAUCCAGUGUUUUGCACACUACUUCAGCGUUAGUCUUGGACGGCACUGCUCAUUAAUGUAAAGUACUUAAAAAUUAAGUGCCUGAAAAUUGGACUUGGAUAUUUGGAAGCAAAUGAAAGUGAAAUUUGCUCGUUCGCCUUCAUGCCAUUGACUUGAACAACGGCUCCUGUUUGUCGCGCGAUGUGUUGUCGACGAUCUCGCGACAGCAGGACGUCGGCUCGGCUCGUCUGCCGGAGCAGAAACUGGACCUACAGGACUCCACGGGGACACCUAGUGGCCGUCGGAGCGCUCAGCGAUGUGAUUCAUCCAGUGAGCAACAUUCAUGAAGAUAAAUGAUCAAAUGAAAAGGUGCCACGUGUGACAUUUUAACGUCCGGAAGAGAGACCGAGCUGCUUCUCUGGAUUUAAAAGCUGUGGAGAUCCGGAAGUUCUUCUACGGUUUCUACUGGAAUGGGGGCAGGAUUCAGGAUCGCUGGUCUCUUCUUUGAGAUUUUACAGACUAAAGAGUUAUUUGUUUAAUCAAGAACAUAAUUUGCAUGAUGAAGAUUUUCAGUUUGGUAUCAGAGAAAUUCAGAAAUCCAAAAGUUUUCAUCAUUCAUCAACCUUUCUCGUGUUUGCGAUCGAUGAUCCUGAUUGGCCGACAAAAAAUAUUUUUAGGGUUUAUUGUCAACAAAAUGUGACAAAAUAGUGAAAAAUAAAUUGACACCUUCACAUAUUUUAUUCUGUCUGGACGACGAUCCAAAACCAAAAAAAUACUCAGCUCAGCAUCGAACGGUCAACGAAGCAGCAAAUCUUUGCACAAAGAAAUCUAAUAAAUUGAAAGAAAGUUGAUAAACUAAUAUUUUAAGUCGCUACUUUCAGGUGUAUAAUACAGAUUUAUCAAACUUUGUUCCUGGUGUUCAUCCGUCUGCCACUCGUGAUUGUUGAUCUUUACACUUUUGCCUUUUGAGUUAAAACGAAUCUCUAAACCAGAACCUGUUGAUCCUCCUCCAGGAGGGGCGAGAAGUCAGAGGCAGCUGAAGGGGAUCAUGGGAAAUGUAGUUCUGAAUCUAAAGAAACAGCAGCUGGAAUGUAACCAGAUGUUUCAUGUUACACGCUGAUGUUAAAGAAACGCUGCAUGUGGCACCUUUUGUUGAAACUGUUGGAUGUUAAGCACCGAUGAAUGUCUGUCACAUCUUACUGUGAUCUCAUUUUUAUCACUUGACACCAUUUACUCGUGUUUUAUUUCCUUUUUUAAAAAAACAAAACCCAGAUCAACUUUAACAAACACAAAGUUCUCCUCUUUUACAAACUGUGUUGAACUUCGAGGAGAACGAACGCGUCCCGGUUUCCAUCACUCACCCAAAAUGGCCGCCGAGGUGUCGGACUUUAACGGGAGUUCUGUUCCCGGUGUCGAUUCGAUGAUUGCAGAUCUGCAGCACAAACUCCACUUCAGUUGUUUUGUUUUUUUGUUUUUGGUUUGUUUGUUUCUAUAAGCGGUAAACGGCUGGCAGUGUCAGGUACCAUUCCAUUUUAACACUGUAUAUUUAUAAUAAAAGUAAUCUGUUAAUAAAA